GCAGGUGACAGCCUUAAGUGUUCCAUCAACACGAGUGUGAUUUGCUAGACUCGUCCCACCUGGCCCUUUUGUUCCCCGAUUUCCGCGAGAUCUUCUUGGUUGGUCAGAGACUGGCUUGCCAGAGCACCAAAAAACCGACGAUGUCUACGCAGGGCACACAUCCUCUGUCCCCCCCUCCUGUGCCAACCUCACCCGCAUCCACUGGUGUGCGCAGACACCACACCAUCACGGCCACCUCUCGCACGGCAAGGGCUGGUGUACGCAAUACCAUUUCAGAGGAAACCCAGGAACAACAACUUUGGAACGACGAUGAACCUGUCGACGAAGACUGGAUCGGGGGCGUCGGCGCUGUGGGCGAGAAGACGUCCCUCCACAGGCAGAGUUCCCUCCCAACCAAAUCUAAGCGAGCCUUCCAUGCCCUGAGCUCGAGGCAGCCCGGAAAUCGCACCCCACGAGGUAUGAAUAGCCUCACCGCAAUCGCUGGCCACGAGGGUGAUGAAGAGGACUGGGAAAAUGAUAUGCGAAGCUUCCACAACGAAGAUGAGGACCUCUCGAACGCAAGCACUGCUCAGCAUCAGCAGAUCGUCGACGCACAGUCACAGUCAUCCAGUGGCAAUCCAUCCCCACUCUCCCCGCAGUAUGCAGGAGGACCUGUUCCGUCUCCCCCUCCCGCCGGCUCUGGGGUACGCCGUCAUCAAAGCUUGACUUACGGGGCCCAGAGCGGCGUCAAACAAACGUCUGGAUUGAAGCGAGCAGGCACGUUGCAGGCCGGUGCUAGGCAGCCUACCGCUGUCGGACAGUCUGCAGCACCUACCCCCGCUGAGGAAGAUUACAAGGAAGAAGCUGAACUCGUCAACCCGUAUGAGGAAGAAUCCUACUUUUCCCCCAAGUCACCACCUCCCAACCAGCAGCAGUAUGGGACGCAAGGUCAGGCCCAGUAUCCAACUAGCCCCAUGGGACGGUCGUCCCCUUGGGGGGCCUCGUUCUCUGCCGUGGGCACUGGUAAUAUCGACGACGUCACGCGUGCACUCUCCACUAUGGAGCUUCACAAUAACAGUCAGAUGUACAACAACAUGACAAUGCAAAAUAGCCAGUCUGCGCAAGCACCACGCUUCAGUCCCCCGUCUGCUAUGCGAGGCAAUUACAUGCAAGGUGGUAACGGCGGUGGGCGCAAGUUACAGCUAAAUUCCGAGCUCGACGGUCGCAAGACGCCAACAGCACAACCUGCGAUCGGGCCGCGUGGGUCUGGCACCGAAGGAGACCGUGCAGGCGCAUCCGGAACUGCUCCCUGGGAUCAGAAGGAGAAGCUUCUGAGUCAGCGUACCUCGAACCCCAACUUGAAUUAUGGGUACAAUCAAGGACAGAAGAGCAACAUUCCCAGUGUUCCUCCCAUUCCCGCUCAAUACCUCAACCAAGCAGGAAACGCGCAGUCUCCUCGCCUGGGGAGCAACUUCCCACAGGGCUCCACGCGGCAAAACCAAGCUGAUAAUGCACAGGUACUGGCGGGUUUCCUUAAUUCACCGGUGGAUAUUCCCACUUUGGUGGCUGCGAAGGGAUACAACCCUGUGACCUUUGAUACGCGCCCUCCAUUCGCCCGAUACUUUGUCAUCAAAUCAUAUACAGAAGACGAUGUCCACAAGUCUCUCAAAUACGAAAUUUGGAGUUCCACUGACCCCGGCAAUAAGCGCCUUGACAAGGCUUUCAAGGAAUGUGCUGGGAGGGGUCCAAUCUACCUAUUCUUUAGUGUCAACGCGAGCGGACAUUUCUGUGGCAUGGCGGAGAUGUUGACUCCUGUUGACUACACACGGAGCAGCACAGUGUGGGCCUCGGAUAAGUGGAAAGGUGUCUUCAAAGUACGAUGGAUAUUCGUUCGCGACAUUCCCAAUGCCAACCUUCGUCACAUACGCUUGAACAACACUGCCGAGCGCAAGCCUGUUACUAAUUCAAGAGACACGCAAGAACUUCUACCGGAGGCCGGGCAAGAGAUGCUUCGGAUCUUCCAUAGUCACCCAGCUAGGACAUCCCUUUUGCAGGACUUUGCUUUCUACGAGCUCCAGUCUCUGCAAAAAAUGCAGGCCCAGCAGCAGGUUGCUGCUGCUUCUGGCUCUGAUACGUCGACGCCUCAGUCACAGUCGCCGCCUCCCCAACAGCAGACGAUGUUUCCCAUGGCGAACAUGGCAACUCCAAACGCCAUGUAUGGUGCAAUGUCCCCUGGCAUUGGGGGCGCAAUGUCUCCAGCAAUGUCUCCAGCAAUGCUCCAGAUGCAGAUGCAGAUGGGCAUGAUGAAUCCCUUUGGGAUGCCGCAGACACAAGCCAUGCAUCAGAGUGUCAUGCGUCACCCAAGCCCAGCACCAACGAAUAACCAGAAUUACAUGAACAUGGGCGGGGUGCCGUUCUAAGCCGUAGGUAAACAACUUCCUAGGAGAUGCUAUUCACAAAAGUAUAGCGUUUUGUCACAUGCUAAGGUUUGGAUAUUAGAUUUCUUUCUCGAACGUCAGGCUGUUUAAACGAUCCGCCGUUUCUCUCUAUCCAAUCAUGUAUACGUACUCUUUUCUAUGUCGUCCUCGUUUGCUACUCAUACACCUCAUAGUGUCUUGUUUGCACACCCCAUCACUGUGUUACCCGCCUCCGUACCUUGAUUCUCCCCGAGCCAUUUACACUGCAGCUACAGAACGGCCAUGGACACAGGACUCUGAAUGGACGUGGAUAUCCGCUUGUUGCUACGAUGUAAUAUCUCGUGUAGUUUCUCCAUAUCUAACGACGACGAUACGAG